UACAAAGUCGAGCCUCAGACUGGCUGCUAUGGGAAUGGAGAUCCGGUCUGACCCGGUGAGAGAGGUUCAGGAUCUGAAAGAACAGCUGGAGGCGCUGCGGUGUCAGACUAAAAUCUAUGAGGCUGAUUAUAAGACGGAGCAGAAGGACCAUGAGCGCAUGCUGCAGGAGAACAAGAGACUGCGGCGCAGAGAAGCGGACAUGCGUCAGCAGAUGGCGCUGUUGCAGGAGCAGCUAAAGGUGUAUGAGGAUGAUUUUCACAAGGAACGCUCAGACAAACAGAUUCUCCAGAGACUGCUGAUGAAGAAAUCUCCAGCCGAGAAAGAUCCGGUUCUGGUGCAUCGCUGCAACAACGAGCAGGACCGGCCCAGGACCGACAGGAGGAAGAACCGAGAAGAUCAGCGGGGGGGAUACGUUUGUCCCAAACACUGUGAACAUCACGGCCAGCUGGACUUCCCCUGAACGCUGACACGCAUUCAUUCAUCACAUUCAAGAAAGCUAGUUUCUAUCUUUUAGGUCCCUUUUAACUGCUAUAUUUAUUUGAGGUUUUUUUUCUUGUUAUUCUUUUUUGUAUUAUUCUUUUAUGUUCUUGAAGGGAUUGUGUUUGUACAAUGACUGUAUGGAAACUGUGCACUUUUGUAGUUUUAAU